AUGGCUGACUCUGGCAGAUCAAAGUUCCCACGGCUGGACGAGCCUACGAGCGACUUGGGGCGCUUGUAUGAGCGGGCAUUGAGUGAGGCAAGUGUGCAGCUUGCGGGUCAGGCUACCUUGAAGUUACCCUGGGAGAAGGGCAUUUAUGCCGAGAUUUUCAGUGGUAGCGAGCUACCUAGGAUGCCUACCUUACCUGUGCCUGCUACACUUCCAGUCGUAGAUGUUGCAAGACCUGGAACCCAGCACAGCGAAGCCUUGAAGCAGACAUCAGAUCCUCUGCCAAAAUUCGAGAGUGCAGUCUACAAGCACUGUCUGCAUAAAUCAACUAUUGCUGCUGGCGGGAGACCCGGGACAGAUCGAGAUGCCGUCUACAGGCGCUGGCUUUGUAUCUUGGGCCACAAUCUUGCUGGCUCUAAGAUUGGAGAGUACAUUGCUGAUGGUGCCGAAGACCCUCUUGUUUUGAUUGCGGACACCUUUGGAGGGAAAAGUACGAGCACCUUGCUUAAGAGAGCCAGGUUUGUCGCCCGGAUGCUUACGUGGGCGUCUGAGCAUAGUCAGACGUUUUUUCCGCUGCGGCUUGGACCAUUGCUUUCAUUCAUGCGCAGUUUGGCAUCAGAGAGUGCCAAGGCCCAGUGUGGAGAGACAAUCAAUUUCCUUGUGCAUGUCCUUGGUGUGCAUGCCGAUCUGGAUAUUUUGAAGCAUCCUGUAAUCCAAGGGCUUCUACGGGGGUCUCGGUCAACAGGGAAAGAGAUCAAGCAGUCCAGGGUACUCACUGUCCGGGAAGUUAUGGCGCUCGAAGAUAUGCUCAGUGAUGCAUCCCUUGAUCCUGUUGAUCGAUAUGGUGCAGGAGUUUUUCUCUUCCAGAUUUACAGCCGGGCACGAGUGUCCGACAUCAGGAACAUCCAUCGCUUUGAGCUCGACCUGAGUGGAGAUGACGGAUACCUUGAGGCGAAAACGAUGGACCACAAGAAUGCGACCAGAGGACGUGGGCUGGGGCAGAGCUUGAUUCUCGUUGCUCCGGUUCAGGGCCUGCGGGAUAAGGCGUGGGGUAUCCAGUUCAUCGAGGUUGCAAAGAUGGUUGGGUUCAACCUUCGACAGGGGCAUCGUGGACCUUUGUUACCUAGACUUACUGCCGAGGGUCAGUGGUCAGGGGAGGCGAUCGGGGCUAACAUCCCAUGGAUUAAAGGCAACAACCCUUUCCUGGAUGACGAAGGCGAGAGCAGUCAUGAAUCAAAGGCUGAGGUUACAGAUCCUCUCAUUCUCGCUGCUGAACAGUUCCGGUUUGGCGAUCCUGAUGAAAACAUUGACACUGGAGGCGAUGUCGGCAGUGAACACGAGCCCUUGCUCGAGGAAGGAAAGCCGGCUGACAAUUGUGAUGCUGAGCCUGAGCAGGAUGCUGAGGAUUCCGACUCGAGUACCUCUAGUUCUUCAGGUUCCUCUGAUGACCAUGCCGAAGCUUAUGAGAGUUUCGCCAGUGAUGCUGCCUUUGAUUGUGCUGUGCCUCACUUAAACAAAGAGGUGGACUUGGACCUAGUGGUCUUCAUUGAGGAUGGCGAGGGCUAUGGGUUGGGCGAGGGCUUCGGGCCUGCACAGCACAUUGUGCUUGCGCUCGCAGUUUACUAUCGUCUACUUUGUGAUGGGCUGGGCGAGGGCUUCGGGCCUGCACUGCACUUUGACGAGUGCAACCACAUGACAGGAAUCCUUGACUGGCGUGAGUACCGAAUUGAGCCCAAAAGGUGUGUGGAACGUGGUGAUGACACGUUGGCCGUGUUCUUGGAAAGAUGUGAGACGGCCGGAUUGCCAACGCCGAUUCGGGACAUCUUGGUUGGCAAGAAUCUCAGUACCUUGGCAGGUCUUGCAUUCGCAGCGGGGCAGCCGGGGGAAACACCGAGUGAUGCAGCGCUUACCGGCCUGGCGAGAUCCGGCACGGAGGAAGUUCCAAUAGCGACCCUAGCCUCCUUGAGGCGGUUGGUGUUUGAAGCGCAGCUCCUCAUGACCGCGCAGGUGAAGAUGCUGAUCGAGCAUCGUGCCGAUGACCAAAAGGCGGAAUUAGCACCCGCAGAAAGAUCGGAGCGAAUCCAGAAGCAGAGCGAGCGCCUGGCCGGUGUUGCACUCCGCAACGAGUCAGAGUGCUCCUAUGGGUCAUACGAUUUGGUCAUGAAGAUGGUCCAGGAGAACUGUGUCUCCUACUUGUCUCCAGCUAGGUUUCCGUCUCGGCAGGCCGAACUUCGUCUGGAGAAACCUCGAAAGGAGCUUGAUGUGGUCAACUCAAAAAUCACUUUGAAGGACCAGGCAGUCGAUCUUCAAUGCCAGCUUCACACGCCGCUGUGCCUGCAUCAUGCUCUUCAUCGACGGGCACUUGCAAUGGAUCUCGUUGGGGUAGCCAGCUACAGUGUGAGCAUGGAAUUUCACGAGUACUUGAUGUCACACCUUACCAUGGAGCCACCGCCUGGCUAUCAUCAAGUCACACUGCAUCAGGUUCUAGCAGCUGACCGAGCCGCUUGGUUGCGACUCGCGGAGAAACUUCCUAAAGGGCUUCGUGCUGGUCCCGAUGGGAAACUCCCGCUGGAUAUCGAGCUCCCGAAAUUGCAGGGCGACCCGAAAGUGGCUUUUCAUCUCUUACCUCUGGGACCUUCUGCUUCAUCAUCCGGGAAGCGUUCGAUGGAUGGCGACCAGGGCCAGAACAACGAUUCGAAGAUCCAAAGGACUGGAGGCAAGGGUAAAGGGAAGGGCAAAACCAAAACUAAAGCCUUUCCUAAGUCUAUGCCUGUGUCCCUCAAAGACAAGUGGUCGCGAACCAAACGCGGUGUUCCGAUAUGCUGGGCCUUCAACACGGAAGAGGGCUGUAGCUCAGCUCCAGCUGGAGGCAGAUGCCCGAGGGGUGUCCACCUUUGCGCUGAACCUAACUGUCAAAAACCCCACUCGAUCGUCAAUCAUGCAAAGGUUGCCAGUGGGUGA